AUGGCACCCCUCCCGAGCUUCGAAGCCUCGCCGCUAGUCCCCCGCUCAUCACGGCUCGUCGUCGCCCUACUCAUACUCAGCUCGUGCAUCUCGUCGGCGACGCUAGGCUACGACGGGUCGAUGAUGAGCGGGCUCAACAUCCUGCCCGCCUACGAAAACUACUUCCACCUGACGCCAGCAACGACGGCGCUCAACACGGCGACCGUGUACAUCGGCCAGGUUCUCCCGUGCUUCUUCUACGGCGCCGUGUCGGACGCGCUCGGCCGCAAGAACGCCAUGGCCAUCGCCGCCGCCGUGACCAUCGUGGCCGUCGUGCUGCAGGCCGCCGCGCAGAACGUCGCCAUGUUCGCCAUCGCGCGGAUCGUCAUCGGUGUCGGGAAUGGGGCGACGGCUAUCGCGGGGCCGACGUGGUUGUCAGAGUGCUUGCCGCAUCGGUGGAGGGCGUGGGGGUUGGGGCUGUUCUACAACUUCUGGUACGUUGGUGGUCUCAUUGCAUCCGGAAUCACGUAUGGUACGGGUAUGAUGGACAGCACGUGGGCAUGGCGCUUGCCUUCAGCUGUGCAGGGUGUCUUCAGCGUGCUCUGCCUCCUGAUCCUACCCUUUGUACCGGAAAGUCCGAGGUGGCUAGUGUACCAAAACCGGCCUGAUGAAGCGCUGCAUGCACUUGCUUUGACGCAUAGCGACGGUGAUCAGAAGGAUCCAGCCACGCUCGUAGAAUUCCAGUCAAUCAGUGACACAUUGAAGUGGGAAAAGGAAUCGGGAGAGAUGACAGUGAAGGAGAUCAUGCGCACGCCGAGUCGUAGGAAGAGGAUCAUGCUCACGAUUUCCGUUGCCGUCAUCUGCAUGCUUUCAGGAAACAACAUCGUCUCGUAUUACUUGGGCACGAUGCUUGAUGGAGCUGGUGUCACCGACACCACAACUCAGCUUGAGAUCAACAUCAUCAUGAACGCGUGGUGCCUUUGCAUCGCCCUCGGCGGUACUUACUUCAUGAACAAGCUUGGCCGCAAGCCCAUGGCCAUUAUCUCCACCGUUCUUCUCACUGUAUUCCUCUUCCUAUACGCUGGCCUCAACAAGUUGUAUGGAGAAUCAACAAACACAUCCGGCAUCUACGCUUCGGUGGCCAUAAUCUUUCUCUUCCAGGGCUCGUACUCGUUCGGGUGGACACCGCUGACGGUCUUGUAUCCGCCUGAGGUGCUAAACUACUCGAUGCGCGCCAACGGCAUGGCCGUGUAUACGUUCGUCGUCAAUUGCGUUGGACUCUUUGUGACGAUGGUCUUUCCUUUCGCCAUGGAUGCCAUUGGCUGGAAAACCUACAUUAUCAACGCAUCUUGGGAUAUCCUGGAGGUGCUGUACCUCGUCUUUGCAUGGGUGGAAACGAAAGGGAAGACGCUGGAAGAGAUUGACGCCAUCUUCGACGGCCAUAAGCACUCGGAUGUUCCGGAUAUAGAGCAGAUCCUGCAUGCAGAGAUGUCCGGAAACGUCAUUGAAGGAGUGAAUCCGAGAGCGGGAAGCAUGGAUGGCGUCGAAGAAGUGGAGGUGACUGUUGGAAAGGGGAAAGAGGUCAAGUGA